UAUAGACCGGAGCCGGCGAGUUGAGCUCUGCCACACAGACUGCGAGUGAAAGUAGUAAGCAAGUGACAAAAAGGGGCUAGAUGACGGGCGUCGAAGGAAGCUGGAUAAUUGUUUGAUUUUUGAGUGAGGAGUGGCACAUAAACUAAAGAUUUUACACAGCCAAACAAAAUGCUUUGCCACGUUACUCGCCCGGACUCGGUGGUGAUGGAAGUGGAAGUUGACGCGAAGGCGAACGGAGAAGAUUGCUUGAAUAAGGUUUGCAGAAAGUUGGGCAUAAUCGAGGUGGACUACUUUGGGCUGCAGUUCACCGGCAGUAAAGGCGAGAGUUUGUGGCUCAAUCUGAGGAAUCGCAUCUGCCAGCAGAUGGACAACGUGGCGCCGUGUCGGCUGAGACUGCGAGUCAAAUUCUUUGUGGAGCCUCAUCUUAUUCUGCAGGAACAAACCAGACACAUCUUCUUCAUGCACGUGAAGGAGGACCUCCACAACGGUCACCUGCGCAUGGGCUCGGAGCAAGCCGAGGAACUGAGCGCUCUCCUGGCCCAGGCCGAGUUUGGCGACUACAACCAAAACACAGCCCAGUACUGGUACUCGGAACUCUGCGGGGAGGAGCCCUGUCCCGCCACCAUCAACAGCAUUGUGUCCAGACACAAGGCUCUGGACGGGGUGAGCCAGGGCUCAGUGGAGUAUCAAGCCCUGCAGCUGGUCUCCAUGCUGGAGCAUUACGGGGUCGAGUGGCACUGGGCCCGCGACGCCAACGGACAGCGCCUGGCCAUCGGUGUCGGGCCAGAAGGCAUCGCCGUGUGCAAGGAGGACUUCAGCCUCGUCAACCGGUGCUUCCCAACACGACAAAAUCCUGCGACUUCUUCAAUGUUUGUAGUCCUAAAUGCGGCCGUCUGUCGCGACAGGGUGAGCUAUCCCGUCAUUCAGAUCGCCACCCAGUCGGGGAAGACCGUGUAUCUGACGGUUACCAAGGACACCAAUGACAGCGUGGUGCUCAUGUUCAAGCUGAUCAGCAAUCGGGCGGCCAGUGGCUUGUACCGCGCCAUCACCGAAACCCACGCCUUCUACAGGUGCGACACCGUAACCAACGCUGUGAUGAUGCAGUACAGCCGGGACUUCAAGGGCCACCUGGCGUCCCUCUUCCUCAACGAAAACAUCAACCUGGGCAAGAAGUACGUCUUCGACAUCCGCCGCACCUCCAAAGAAGUCUACGACCACGCCCGCCGCGUCCUCUACAAUGCCGGCGUCAUGGACCUGAUGUCACAAUCGAGCAGCGGCUCCCCGUCCUCGCCCGGCCGGGACGACGGGCGGCGGCGGCACCAGGAAGACGAGCAGCAGGAUGACGACGGCUCGGACUGCGGCAGCUGCCAGCAGAGUCGAGCGCUGCAGGAGAGGCUGCAGAAGCUGCGAGAGGCGCUGCUGUGCAUGCUGUGCUGCGAGGAGCAGAUCGACGCCGCCUUCUGCCCGUGUGGACACCUGGUGUGCUGCCAGACCUGCGCCACUCAGCUGCAGUUGUGUCCAGUGUGUCGUUCGGAGGUGGAGCAUGUGCAGCAUGUCUACCUGCCCACCUGCACCAGCCUGCUCAACCUGACCAUGGCGGACAACCGGCAGCACCGCGGCGGCGGCGGCAUCCCCGCAUCCAUCUGCCGAGACCUGGCCUCUUCCCACAACUGCACAGAGUACGACAAGAUCUACCACACGUGAAGGCACACCUUUUGGACGUCCCCGUUAUUUUUGUUUCAUUUUUUUGGUCCGUUUGUGUUUCUACUCCACCAUCCUCCUGAUUGAUGGACAGACCACUCACCCCAAAGUGUGUGUGUGUGUGUGUGUGUGUGUGUGUGUGUGUGUGUGUGUGUGUGUGUGUGUUGCCAAAUAGUUUUAGUCGUCUAUGUUUAAUUUAAUGAUUGCAUCAGUUGAGCUGAUACAUCACCUUUUUGCUUUUUAUGUUGUUUUAGUAGAGCACUGGACAUACUGGUGCUUCCUGAUUUUCAUUUGAUGACUAAGCUUUUAUUGAAUAGAGUGAGACAUUCUUGUGUUGAGUUUUAAAUGCCAAUGAGGAGGCUUUUAGAGGCUAAGCAGCUCUGCUUUCAUUCACUUGGGGCGCACUUGUUCACACUCCACUUUAGAACACAAGUCCAUAAAGAUUUAAAGUCCAUUUCCAGCAACAACUCCAACAAAGCAGACCAGAAAAAGUCUUGUAUACUCCUCUGGGGUGCGCAAGUGAGGUCUGUUUUUCUAAAGGGUACAAAGAUCUGUGCAAUACCUGCCUGUUUUUUUUUUUUUUUUUUUUUUUUUUAAUUUAAUGUCUCUAUUUAAAAAAAAAAAAAAAAAAAAAGUACAUUGUCACUUUAUGAGGAAGCUGCAUCCACACUGUUUGCCUGCUAGAGGAUCAGCCUUAAUGUAGCAGCACCGCCAUCUUUGUUUGCAAACUUCCAACAGAUUUGUUUUUUCUGCUAAGAGGGAAAAAAUUCUUAGUUGCUGACUCGAUUCAAGUUAGUUGGGAGUUUUUUUUAUUUAUCACAUUGUAUCAGUAGCGAUUUGUUUCUGUUUUCUGAAGCAAAAGCCACUGUUGUAUGCUUUCUGAUUUGACUUCUUAUAAUAUUCUGCUUUUGACCAAGGAGAAAG